UGACGUGAAAGAUUGUCGGACAGGGUUUGUGUGUGGGCCUCAACUGUGUGUUGGAACUGUAAUGUUUAUUAAACGAAAGCUAAAGAGCUCUAAAUUGACACGAUUGUUGUUUAUGUAACCACGUCUGACACUAAUUUACAUCAUUGGAAAGAAGAUACUUCCACGAAGAGUGAACAUCUAAAACACCAAUGUCAAAACAUCCAGAAAGCAAUGGGUCCUGGUUUCCAAAGAGCAGUGCACAGUCCCAACCAGACAGCAAUAGAUCAUUCCAGACAUACUUCCCGUCGACAACGAACUCUCCACCAGUGGUGUGGGAGAACAGAACUGAGUAUCAGGCCCCAUCACAGAAUUUCUACAAUUCAUAUGGAGCACCAUAUAACAUAAAAACAAGUCAGCAACCUCACCACUCAGAAGUAUCUGGUCCCCCAUCUUGGGACUGGGAUGCAGCACAGAUUAACCACCAACAGUUCCAACAGCCAGUGGCAUACCACCACCAGCAGCAACAGCAACACCAUCAUCAUCAUCAACAGCAACAACACCAACAGCAGCAGCAGCAACACCACCACCACCACCACCCUGAACAUCAUCAGCAACACCAUCAACAGUCUCACAGUUUUCAGCAUCAGCAACAACAGUAUCACCAGUAUGCAGGAUAUUCACAAGAUGCCAAUCAAGAUCCUUGGAACUGGGGCUGGGAUGACUCCUCUAAUUAUACAGAACCACAGAACAAUAAUAGGGGCAAUAGCAGCAGUCCUGGCAACAAUAACAGUAAUCCAGAUCAUACUUGGAAUUGGUCUGUUGAAGGAGCAUCAAUGUAUCAGAGUAGUUUGACACAAGUUGACAGUAAUGCCUCAAAUGCAUCUGCUUUAUCACUGACAAGUUCAUUCAGUGAUACGUCCCAGUCAUUGGCUCAAGUGAAUAACAGAAGUGAAAAUCUGAAGAACAAUGCAAGUACUUAUCAUGCAGAGCAAACACCUAGCACUGCUAGUGUCACAAGUGGUGAUAAUAGUACUGGCACGAAUUUCUCUAGUGUUACACCUUCAUUAAGUGAUACAGAUGUAAAAAAUACAUUUGUAGACACAAAUGUUAACAACACAGAUCAUAAUGCGACACGUGUUACAGAAAAAUCAGAUUAUGCAAGAACUGAUCAAAUUACUAGUGUACAUCAAGGUGUGUUAGGUACAGAUAAAGUGACAGAUAUUUGGCGGAGUGAAUUACCGGAUAGUAUGUCAUCUGUAGACAACCAUUACAAAGAAAGUGUUUCAGGCCAAUCUACCUGGACUACAGAUGUGGGAGGAAAAGACCAACCGAGUGACGUCAUUAGUAAUGAUAUUAGAAAUGGUGAAUGUAAUGAUUCAGUUGCAGUAAGGAGUACACAAAUGCAAGACCAUAAAGAAGCUAUGCCACAGGCAAAUGAUUUAGAAAAUGUUGCAGCAAUGGCAGAUAGUGUGAAACAUACAGUGUGUGCAAAUGAUGUGCAGCAGUGUGAUGGUAGCAGCUCUGCAAAUGUACAAGUAGCAGAAGAGUGUGUUCACAACCAGAGAGUAGAAGGUAUUAUACAGCCCAGAGAUUCCAGUGUGCCUGCUGAUAUUACAGACACAGGAGAAAGAUCUAAGGAUAAUUCAAACAGUAUUGCAGAAGCAAAGGAACAUGUUGCUUCUUUAUUGGCUCAAGAUGAAACCAAGAUUGUGUCUGUGCUAGAGCCAGAAAGAAGUAGGAGUUUUUCAGAUACUAAUUCAGUAGAUAAUAAGCAAGAGGACAUUGUUCAGAUUGAUUCAGAUUUGGCUACUGUUAACUUGGAAGCAAAUGAAAAUAGGAUUGAGACAGAAUGUCAUGCACCUGCAGGUAUUGGUACAAAUGUUUUAGAUAUAUCUGAUGUGAACUGUACUCAAGGCAAUGGGGAUGUUGAGAAUGUGGAAAUAGUACCUCCUGAAACAGACUUCCAAUCACGGACAGUAUAUGGAAAUGUUGAAGGGACAGUUACAACUGUCUCACAAAAUGUAGGUUCGAAGACUAAUCCCUAUUCUGCAAAUAAAGCACUGAACCGCAAACAUCAUAAUGCAUAUCAGUCAAAACCAACAGUUGAUGCUGCCACAAACAGAGGCUAUACAUUACCUGCAGGUUCUUCAGAAGCAAAUGGUAAGACUGAUCCAAAAAGUCUUGCUGUCAGGACUAGAAGAACUGUAGAUGACACAGAGGACACUGUCAAUCUUGAGACAGUGCCUGAUAACAAAGAACGUCCAGAUUUUGUGGAAAUGCAACAGUCUGUCCUAGAACGGAAAUCGGUGUCUCCCAUGCCAAGACUUCACACUGUACCAGUCGGACAGGAUGCUGCAGCACGCGCCCCCUCGACUUGGGGUCACGGACAACAACCACACGGGACUUACUACAGUCCUGAGAAUCAAGAGGUGGCUCCAGUCUCUGGAUCGAGAGCACCUGGGCCAGAUCGUGAUCAGUACUUGGAAACUGGACAGUUAUCAGAAGAAACUCCUACACCUCCACCUGGUCUGCACAGAAUGAUCCCAGGAGAGGGUGGUGCUCCACCUCCCGGUCUCCGCCGCAUGGUGCCGGGGGAGUGCAGUAGCCCAGACACUUCAGUGCAGAGUACCUCGGCCACUGAGGCUAGAGUUGUCACUGGUGUUGCUCGUGAUGACAACUUACAGUUGCCCGUACAGUCAUCUGGAAGUAGAGUGGCAAGUGAGACCAGCACUUCAGUUGCAGAGCCAGCUGUUGCUUCUGGUGGUUUGACUCAACCACCGUCAGAGAGGAGUGAAACAAUUGGUUCUGAUAAUGUUGAUUCAUAUUCACUGCAAACAACAGAUUCAGCUUCAAGGGAAUCGAGUAACAUACGGAGAGAGGUCAGCACCAAAGACCGUGAACGACGUGUGGCAGAUGAUCAAGAUGUGCAAGAUAGAGAACUGCGCAGGCACGAAUAUUACGACUCUCACAGCCAGUCACCCGGGCGUUAUCGUGAUGAAAGGGAACCGAGGCGAUCAUAUGAACAUGAUAGACCUCACGAAUCUGAAGACAGAGGGCAUUAUCGUCGUCGAUCACGAGAGGAUGAGCGUGGAGGACGUCGUAGAGGAAGCUAUGAAAGAUCAGAAGAUGAAGCAGACACAGAAGAUUGUUUAAGUGACCGUGAUAGACGUGAAAGACCUGUACCACGAGAAGGGUAUGAGAGGUAUAGAAGACGUGGGGACAGAGAGAGAGAUGAAAGGGAAGGACAGGAAAAGCGAAAUAGGGAACGUGCAGAUCACAGAUCAUCAGGGAGGGAGCGUGAGAGGAGACGACAUGAUAGAGACAGAACAGAUUUUGGAAGAGAUGAAUAUUAUGGAAGGUACUAUGAUGAUGAUCCGUACAAAAGGGAGAACCAUCGGUCACGUCCAACGAGUAGGUCCGGUUCUAGACCUGACUAUGAUGAUUAUCGAAGACCAGACUACCACGGAUAUGGUUAUGGUUAUUAUGGACGACCUGCUUUGGAUCGUUAUCAUUAUGAGGCAUACUAUAGUUAUAAAUAUUAUGAAAACCUCAGGAGAACCAACCCAGCUGCAUAUGCUGAUUGGUAUGCAAAGUAUUAUGGGGAUCAGCAUCAGUAUCAACAAGGUGUAUACUCUGAAGACAGAGGCAGUGUUCAUUCUGGUCGCAGCUCUGAAAAUGAUGACAGAUACAGAACAGGACAGUAUCAUCAUCAUGAUUACUACCGGUCAUCAUCUAUUCUCUCUGACUAUGGUGCUAGGAGGCCACGUGAGCAAUCUGAACCUUCAGUACUGGAAGGAACAGCAAGUACCACUCCCCAGCGUCUAACACCUGUGAAAUUUAUGGCCGCUCAUGUCAAAGGAGUGUGGACCACAAGAGGUCGAAUGUUGAAAAUUCUGCCUCAGUGCCCCCUAGAAGGGCAGCCUGCUGUCAUAGAGAUAUGUGAUAUUUCUCAUAUGAUCCCUGACAGUGAUUUAGAAGAUUAUCCUGGCCCACUUAUUAGGGAUGUUACACAUAAAAAUUCAUUAAUUUCAUUCUGCUCACGUAAGAUCAAAAAGGCAGAACGUGAUCCCAACUUGUACGAUCGAGGCUCAGUUAUAUUACUUUGGCGACUUCUGAUACUCUUGUUAAGGCAAAAUGGGACAGUAGUUGGAGCGGAUAUAGCAGAGCUGCUUGUUUCGUGCUCUUCUUCUUCAUCAUCAUCUUCAACAAGUUCACUUGCUGGGAAUCCUGUUGUUCCUCAGCAGAAUGUAUGUGAGGUCCGUACAGAUGAGCAAAUGAAUAAGAAAUGUGAAGAAGAUGUGACAAACCAAUUUCGAGAAUAUUUGUUAUAUGGCAACACAAAGGAAGCACUGGAAUGGGCAAUGAAGCAUGGUCUCUGGGGACAUGCUUUAUUCCUUGCCUCAAAAAUGGAUAAGCGAACACAUGCUCAGGUCAUGAUGAGAUUUGCCAAUGGUCUGAAGAUGAAUGAUCCUUUACAGACAUUAUAUCAGCUCAUGUCUGGUCGUCAACCCGCUGCUGUUACAUGCUGUGCAGAUGAGGAGUGGGGUGACUGGAAACCACAUUUGGCAAUGAUAUUAUCAAAUUCGACACAACGACCAGAACUCGACCAUAAAGCAAUUACUACUCUUGGAGACACUUUAGGAGCCAGAGGUUGCCUCCAUGCAGCGCAUUUUUGUUAUCUCAUGGCUCAGCUCCCAUUUGGUAUUUAUUCCAACAAAGCUUCAAAACUUGUUUUGAUUGGCUCUUCCCAUGUAAAACCAUUCAUGGAGUUUGCCACUAAUGAAGCUAUUCAAAUGACAGAAAUAUACAUAUACGCAUGCCAACUAGCAAAUACAAAUUUUGAACUACCACAAUUCGAGGCAUACAAAUUACUAUAUGCACUUCGUUUAGCUGAGAGAGGCAUGGUUACAGAAGCAAUACAUUACAUAGAAGUUCUGGUAAACACAGUUAUGCAGUCAACCAUUCAGUAUCCUCUAUCAUUCUUAAAACAAAUAUAUGAUGCAGGCAACCUUUUGAAAUACAGUGACCCUGUUUAUACUAGUGGAGUUGAGGACAACACUGAAAGAGAUCCUGCUUGGUUGCAAGAAUUGGAGAAAUUUAUCUUGAACUAUGGAGUUAUGUAUGUAAAUCAGGAAGACAAUGGCUCCAAUAUGAGUUCAGUGGAACAACUACCACCCACUUACCUGCCUGCUGAAACAACAGAAGAAAUGAUGCAGCCAAUUCAGGAAUCUUCACAUUAUGGGGAUGGAUGGCAACAAGAACAAUAUUCUGUCUACCAAGCACCACAGAACCCUAACUGGGCUCAAGAAACAACAUCCUACGAGAAUUCACUAACUGGUGUUGAAGAAACAGCCAAACCUGCAGAACAGACAGAAUAUUGGAACCACCCUUCAGAACCUACAGCCCAGUUAGAUGCACAUAAUGUAAUGACAUCACAUGUUCCCACACAGGAAGUUUCUAAUGAAUGGGAGCCCAUAACUAGUAAUAAAGAGAAAACUGAACCUGGAAGUCCUGCAUCAUCUCCUUCUGCCAAGGCCAAGCUGAAGGUGGAACCAACAAAACCAGUAGCAAGCAGUUCAUGGUUUGGAGGUUUAUGGAACAAACUGAGCCUUCGGCCGAAGAAUCAAAUGAAGCUUCCAGAUGACAAGAAUCCAUCAAUUGUUUGGAACCCAGAAAAAAAUAGAUGGACUAAUUUAGAUGUCGAUGAUGAUGAUGCUGGUUCUGAUGUUCCUCCUCCUCCAAAGAUGGAAAUGAACAGAACACCUACCCCCUUAACUAACGUUCAAGAACCACAAAACAAAUACAAGAUGAACAGAGGGAGAAGUCUGCGUGCAAACUAUGUGGAUGUUCUAGGCAGUAGCAAAACUCCCAAUCAAACAAUAAAAUCAGACUUAUUCCCUUCAGUCAGCUCAACACAAGCAUCCACUACUUACUUCAUCCCAGCUCCAGCUGAUGAAAAUGCACCGACGGACUUUCUCACUUCUGCAUCAAGUGUAGAUGCAGAGAGUGAUGUCACCCAAGAAUCAUCAUCUGUAGCUGCAACAGGAAACAACUACAGCAUUCCGCCAAUGUACGAUCCCAACAGCCCAAACUACCCAGCUGCGGCAGUAACAUCAACGACGACAGCAGCAGCAGCAACAGCAGCUAGAAUCUUAUAUCCUAACUGACUGUGCUGGCCUCUUCCACUUGAUUAUUUAUCUGUUGUCUAUAUGGUUUCUGUAAAAAAAUCCUUUUGGUAUUCAUUAGUUUCUUAAAGUUCUCUCUCUCUGUUCUACUUUUUAAAUGAUUUUGGAUUUGUUUAUCCAUGUGUACAUGAGUGUUCUGUUUUACUGGUUUUUAUCUUUUUUUCCAUAUAAAUGUUUUGUUAUGUCAAUGGAUGUUCUGUGAUAAAAAAUGUAUAGUACAAUAUCCAUAAAUGAAGUAUUCAAUUGCCUGUUAAGUUCACUAUAAUGUAAUAUUUCUGAAAUAUUUUUGAGCAUGUGCUGGAAGUUUAUAAGUUCAUUCAUUUUUGCGUGUUU